AUGGUGCUGCGAGUUCAUGGGCAACAAUGGCCGCUGGCAAUGGAGACCUCAGGUGCAAUAUCACCGAUCGACAGACGCGUGGCGAGAGCGCAAGGGGCGGCCCUAGCCCGAUUCUACGGUCUCCCAAAAGUGCACAAAGAAGGCGCUCCUCUCCGGCCUAUCGUAUCACUAAAGGGCACUCCAACCUACGGACUGGCAAAGUGUCUGUUUCAACGUCUCAAGUUUCUGACCUCCGAUUCAAACACCACAGUCAGCUCGUCAACGCAAUUCUUGGAGAAACUUAAAGGAGUAAAUCUCCUGCCAAGCGAUAUCAUGGUUUCCUUUGAUGUCACGUCCCUUUUUACUUCUAUCCCGCAGGACCUGGCAGUCGAGACCAUCGAACUACUCCUACGAGAGAAAUACGACGAAACGGAGAAUCGCCUCGGACACGCCCAAAUCAUCCAGCUCCUGAAGUUCUGUCUCAAGACGUGCUUUACGUUCGACGGAACAAUCUACGAGCAGGUGAAGGGCACGCCAAUGGGUUCGCCGAUUUCGGGCCUCAUAGCAGAGGCGGUCCUACAACGGUUGGAGUCGCUGGUUUUCCGACACCCCAGACCGAAAUUUGGGGCUCGGUAUGGGGAAGAUACCUUCGUCGUCAUCAAACAGGAUCAGGUGAUGACAUUCAAAGAACGUCUCAAAACUGUCUUCCCGGACAUAGAAUUUACGAGGGAGGAGAAAGAGAACAACCAGCUGGCCUUCCUGGAUGUCCUCGUCUGUCGCAAAGAUUGUGGUGGCCUAAAAACCAAAGUAUUCAUUAAAGCGACAAAUACGACGCAAAUACUGAACUUCAACAGCAACCACCCGAUCAGUCACAAACGCAGUUGCGUAAGCGAGCUAUACCGGCGCGUUGAGACGCACUGCAGUGAAACGGAAGACAAGGUUGCUGAAUUGCAAUAUCUACCCGCGCAACUUUGUCAACCAAUGCGUACGCAGAUGAAACCAGAAACCAAACCCAACCGGCCCUAA